AUGUGGGGGCGGCGGCGACUUUGCCGAGACGGCGACGUCCGACGCAACGACGCCACCCCGCCGCCAUCGUGGCCUCCGGGAGUCGCAUACCUCGUCCGUCCACGGCUCGAAAGAGCGUUCCCCAAAGAACUCGUGCCGCUCCUCACAACCAACGCUGUCCCCUUCAACCCUCGCCCGUCCACCCAUCCGUCCUCUGUUGGCAUCAAGAUUGUGUCUGACCCAUCACACCCAGCACACGGACAGCGCUCCCUCGUUGCCCUCAAGCGUAUCUCGCGAAACACGUUGGUGUUGCCGUACCUCGGCGUCCUGCACGCGACCUUGACCGCCGCUGUCGACGAUCCCGCGACAACACCCAACCCUCUUGCGCUCAAGUACAUGGGUGGCCCAGACCCGCACGCUGACAGCGACUACGACCUGUCUCUGCUUCGUCUGUCCGCAAGCGACAUCCGCAACCCAUUUCCAGGCACGCAUGUCAGUAUCGGCGUCGACGCAGCACAGGCUGGCAAUGCGGCGCGAUUUGUCAACGACUAUCGCGGCGUGAGCGGGGCUGGAGCCAACGCCGAGUUUCGUCUGGGACGUGGCGAGGGCGGAGAGAUGCGCAUGGAGGUAUGGAGCAGGCGAGAUAUCAACAAGGGCGAGGAGUUGCUCGUGAGCUAUGGCAAGGGAUGGUGGGGAGCGAGGACCGGCAACAGCAGCUAG